AUGAGUUUAGGUUCCAAUUUGUAUAUGAUAUUCGUUAUUGUCGAGUUCUUGUCACACAUUCCUGCAGAGAAUAUUUUUUCUUCUUUGUCGUAAAGUGUAGUUUAAUUAUAGCACGACCAUACACCCACAUAGUGAAAAUGGACAGUGACGAUUAGUCGUGAAACACUUGUUCUCGUUAUGCUAUAUUGCAUAUACAUAUAAUAUUAUUCUUUUAAUUACUACUUUAUUAUAGUUACUGCUUUAAAUAACUGGGAAUAUGGAGAUCUUCUUGAUAAUUUUUUCAUUUAAAAUUUCACAAUCUCGAGAGAAUUAAGUUAAAUUUUCAAAUUAGAAUUAUGCGUAUAUACUGUAACGACUAUAAUGUAUGUAUUGUCCAAUUAUAAAAAUGGAAUGAUAAAAAGAUAUUUAAUUUUUUUCAUACAUUAAUAAAAUAUAAUAUUUUACUUAGAGUUAAGUUACAAAGAAAGAACCAAUUAGUUUUCAGUGUUCGUAAUUUCAAAGAUCAUGGGAAAACAAGUCAACAGAAGAAGUUGAUUAUUGUUUUAUGCAAGAUCUCAAAGUAUAAGCGUAAAAAUAAAAGGUGUGGCGAACACAUGUUGGACUACUGAUAAACAAGAUAUGGAUGAGAGAGGACAAUAUAGAGAUGGAACUCAGACGGUCUCCGCACAUGAAGAGUAUUUUGAGACAAAGUAUUAUCUUAUUGGAUCAGCUUCUGGUGGUGAAAUCGAGAUACAAAGUGGGGAGCAUAAAUUUCCGUUUCAAUGUGUUCUACCUAUAAAUUUACCCAGCAGUUUCGAAUCUGAUUUUGGACAUGUUCGGUAUACAGUUAAAGCAACUUUGGAUCGUCCUUGGAAGUUCGAUCAAGAAGUAAAGAGUCCCUUCACAGUGGUAUCACCUCUUGAUCUUAAUCAAGAACCAAGGGCCUUGGAAAAAGUGCAAGAAGAAAUGAGCAAAACAUUUUGCUGUUUAUGUUGCGGUACGCCACCAUUAACUGUUAAUUAUUCGUUACCGGUGAAAGGAUAUGUAUCAGGCCAAUCAAUGCCAAUAAAAGUGAAUGUUGAAAAUUUGUCAGGAGUUAUUGUGGAUACUAUAAAAUUACUUCUGUGUAAGAUUGUAACUUUUCGGGCCACUACACCGACCACUGAUACCAAAACAGAAGAAAUUGUAAUAGCGGAAGUUAGCAAAGGACCUGUUGAAGGAGGCGGAACUGCAGAUUAUGAACAGAAUCUCGAUAUUCCUCCGCUACCUCCAUCGAAUUUGACGAAUUGUGGAAUUAUUGAUUUGGAAUAUAAUCUUAAAGUCAUAGCUUGUGUCUCAGGAUGGUAUCAUCGGAAUUUAUCGCAAAACACUCUUAUAUUCGUGGGUACGAUACCAUUGAUAAAUUAUCAAACUCCGACUGCUCCUCCGGCCGAAGGCUAUCCAAAAUCUUCAGAAAUUGGAUGGAAUUCCUCAGGAAUUCCAAUUUCAAGUUCUGACGGAUCUCCGCCAUCGAAUUUAUAUCCUAAUUUGCCUCCUCCAUCAUAUGAAGAAUCAACCAAUGGUGCUAGAAGUCUGUGGGAACGUGGUGAAUCCGAGCAUAUUUUUGGUCUGUCGAAUCGUUUCGCACCUAAAUAUCCGGUUUUCAAUUUUGCGCCGAUUCAAUGAACAAGAAAACAAAAUAAUUUGAUGCUCUGCAAUUUGACACUUUGCAAUAAUUGAAAAAUGGAAGUCACAUAUGUAUUUUAUAUAACAGUUUGUAAAGCACAUUUCAGGAACUUAGAAAUCGAAAUUAGAAACUUACAACUGUGUGUGUUAUUUGAGCUAGUCCAAAUUGCUAGAUUAUUUAAGCGUGCCUUGCUUAAAUUAUUUUUUAAACAGAAAAUAUAAUUAAUCAAAGAAUAAAAAUAUCGAUAUAAUUUAAUUUAUGUAAUUUUACAUCAAAGAUAUUUUAAUUAAGAUGUGGAUCAAUCAUGUACUAUUAAUCAGAUUUUGAAUUAGUUUGAAGAUUUCUAGAACAAAUAUUUCUAGAACAAGAAGUAUGAUUUGAUUAAUUAAGACGCACAAUUAGAAAAUACUCAAAAUGUAAAUGAUCAAAAUUUGCUACUUAUCGUGAUAAAGAGAAUAGUUUCUUAAAAAUAUUUAAUAUAUGCAUAUUUUCUAUAAAAUUUUUUGUAGCUAUAAUUUAAAGCAAUAUUAAGUAUUGCUUAAACUGCCGAUAUUAAAAUAUUCAGCUGGAAAAUUUGUUUGACUCAUUUUUAUAUGGAUAUGGUUAUACACUGUUGAUAUAUUGUCGAUAAUGAAGAUACAAAUCAGCAAAUUUGUAUUUGUAUCUAUAUUGUUUUUAAUAAAACUUAUUUUUUUCAUACAUCCUCUUUUCAUAUAUUUAAAAUGUUUAAAUCAUUUAAUAUGUAUUACUAAAUCAUAUUAUUUUUCAUGCACGGACGAAAUAUAUACAUAAAUAUAGAGUUACAAUUAGUAAGAUUUGACUUUAUAUGCUACAUUAAGUGAACGAUAUAAUAUUACUUACUCAUUGUGUAUUCAAAAUCUAUAUAAAUAAGUAAAACACGAUUGAUGUACAAUUGCUGGUUAUACAGAAAUUUAUUUUUGUUCUAUUCUAAAUUAAAUACAAUUGUCGUUUUCAAUUAAUCUGAGAUUAAUUUAUUACUCGAG